CGCGUCAGCGGGUGACGCUUGACUUUCGCGACAACUGUCUCAGACCAUAGUUUUCAGAGCAGAACUAAGAAAGUUAAUAAUAAACGUGCUAAACCGAGAGCUUAGAGAGCUUAAAUCUAUUGUAAUUACAUCUUCGCUCUGAUUUUGCAGCUAAAAUUCUCUGAGAAACACAUGCCGAGGGCAGCAGAGAAAAGUAUUUGUGAGAAGUUGUGAGAAGUGCAGCGGUGAACCUGAAGCAAACACCGGGAUCCGCCUGAGUGGUUUAACUAAGUUCUGCACAGAAGAUGGACAGUGAAAUCCAAAGAGAUGGGAGAGUCCUGGAUCUCACCGAUGACGCCUGGAGGGAGGACAGACUCCCGUAUGAGGAUGUCACCAUCCCUCUGAGUGAGCUACCUGAGGCUGAGCAGGACAAUGGAGGAUCCACAGAGUCUGUGAAAGAACAAGAGAUGAAGUGGACAGACCUGGCACUGCAGAGCCUUCAUGAAAACACACCAAGCACUGGAAGUUGAAAGACGCACCUGGACUAUGAUUGUUGAAUGAAAAUGCACACAUGGAAAUACAUUCUGACACAUUUAAGAUGCAUGCUUUUUUCAUAUAAUUUAAUUUGUCAGUGUCUUUCAAAAGGAUCUGAACCAGUUCAGAGGAACAUAAAAUAUCUGUAUAUGUAUUUUGCAUUUUUCAGUAUAAAAUAAUAAAAGAAGCAUUGGAGUUACAAAAAAAUUUAAUGAAUUGUUGCUUCUACAGCCAAACUUCUUACAAUAGCUGCAGGAAUGGAAAUGUUUCUUGGGCUUCCUUUAAAAUUGCCUUCAGCUGACUCCUCAACUGUAUGUAAAUAUAGGUCCUCAUGUUGACAGUGAGGCUAAAUACCAUUGAAAAAUCACCAAUAUUAUUACAGUUAUUUCAGAUUUCCAAUAGCAGCUGUAAUGUUGCAUGGGACAUUUCAUCUUAAGUCUUGAACAUAUGCCAACACACAAAAAAUAAUUAGCUUUGAUAAAAAGUGAUGACCAGUACUAAGUAGUGAUUUAUAAAAAGUUUGAUGCAUACAUUUGAAGACGCACUUUCAUUUGCAUAAGUAUGGUCAUUCAUUCAUUUCAUUUUCUGGACCACUUAAUCGCUCGGAGGGUUAUGCAGGCUAUUCCAGCUACCAACAGCUGAAGGUGGGAUACACCCUUGAAGCAUUACCAGUUCAUCAUAGCCAACUAACCAGCUACCAACUAACAUAUUGAGGUGCAUGUCUUUUGAUGGUAGGAGGAAACCGAAGUUUGUGGAGUGAACACACACAGCUACAUUUAUCUUUAUUGUCUUUGUAGCAUUGAAAUGAUACACAAUGAUAAAUCUUGAUUAACAAGCAAAUACAGGAGAUUAAAAACAAAACAAAAUAGCUCUAAAUGGCUUCUACAGUGUGAUCUCUGUUCACUUGACAAGAAGAAGCCCAAUUAAGAAGAAAUGUCUGACAUGUAUUGAAUGCAUUGAACCUGGUGAAAAACACCUCAAAUUUAGUGCAUUCAUUGUCCUGUUGUCAAGCAAAAGCGUUAACAUGUUAAGUGCAAAGGAAGGUUAUGCUAAAUGUUUUCCACUUUGGUCUGAAGAGAUUUUCCUCCUGAAAUCUUUGUUUUUAAUGCUGUACAUGUUUCCUUUAUAUCCUUGUUGUAUCUUAGUACAGAGACUGAGAUUUGCAUAUCAGUGGUCAUUACUCAUUCAUUUUCUGCGUAAUCCUCGACAGGGUCACAGGGGUGCUGGAGCCUGUCCUAGCAACCAGUGGGCUAGGACAGAUAACACCCUGGAUGUGUCACCAGUUCACGUUGUUUUUAUAUCUUUGUUAAUAAAACACACCUAAUGGA